AUGAUGAAAUAUUUCUCCACAGCAAUUUUCCUAUUGAUUACAAGUGAACUCCUUUUCAUCGCUGCUGAUGAACGGAGUUUGGGAAAGAAGACAAGUUUAGUUAAUAGUCUGUUGCGCAGCGGUGGCCAGCAUCCAUUUGACAAGCUAACAAGUACAGGUGGUGCUACGCGAAUUACUGACGCUCCUGGUAAUGUUGCACAAUGGCGAAAGCCAGGUGGUUUAAAUCAAGCUUUUGAUGAUUUCGUAUCAUUGCCCGGUAAACCUGGAAAAGAUGUGUCGAAAGACAAUAAAAUCAUCUUUACGAAAGAUAUGGGUGCGUUGGGUAAAGUAACUAUGCGUGAACAUAGUACUGAAGGUUCGCCAACACUUGAACUGCAACGACCUAGCGGAGAUAUGCUCCGGCAAGCCUAUUUUCUUAUACUAUUAGUCACUUUCGCGAUUCAUGAAGUUAGCCAGGCAGCUUCUGGCUGGUGUUAUCAAUGUGAUUCAAGAAAUCCCCGAUGUGGUAACAAAGUUGAUCCAUCAUUGAGUAAUCACAAAGUUCCAUGUAAUGGACAAUGCUACACAUAUUCAUACAAGAAUGUUGUCUAUCGUGGCUGUUCUUGGGAACAUGGCUUUAUGACACGUCAAUCAACUAGUGAACCUGUCUAUGAUAAAGAGAAUGUUUGGCUAUUUUGCGAUACACCACUAUGUAAUAACGAUGCAGAUCGACUGAAAGCAGAAAUAUGCGAUAGUGUUAUCUGUCCGUACUUGACCUUUCCAGCUGCUUGCAAAUUGAACAAUAUUGAUACUCAAUGUGGACGCGCAUGCGGAAAUCCGUUGUGUUUUUCGAAAUAA